AUGUCAUCAUUGAUUGACUUACUGAAUGAAAUAUCUGAACAAAUUAAUCUUAUUGUUGGAAUCCUAUUUUUCUUUGGAGGAUUAAUUGGAAACAUUAUCAAUAUCUUAAUAUUUUCACCAAUUUUAAAAACACAGUUAUUCCCAUCAACUCCCUCUCGUCUCUAUAUUCUAACAGGUUCAAUAGCGAAUUUGAUUUUUAUCGUCUAUUUAUUAUCAACUCGUAUUCUAAUCUCAGCAUUCGCAAUUCCAUUAACAAAUACAAUUACUUUCAUUUGUAAAACACGUUUCUACAUAGGACAGGUUUGUAUGUACACAUCAUUAUACAGCACAUGCUUAGCGACAAUUGAUCAAUAUUUCCUAACCAGUCGGUCAGUACAAACUCGUCAGCUAAGUCGAUUAACCUUAGCGAAAGUUGUUCUAUUCAUUUUACUUUUUAUGUUCAUCCUAAUUAAUAUUCCAAUUUUGUUUAUUUACAAUUUAUAUCCAAAAACUAAUGGAACAUCAACUAUAUGUACAGUUUAUUCGCCUGUUUGGACAUUUUAUUAUACAUACAUUCAAAGUUUAAUAUUUCUUUGUCUGGCUCCAUUGUCGAUUCUUAUUCUAUUUGGAAUUUUGAUCAAACAUAAUCUGCAAUCUGUUCGACAACUUCACCAGUCAAUUAAAAAUCAAAUGACAAAGAUGAUCUUAUACCAGGCGAUGGUCAUGUCGAUAUCAUUAUCAGUUGCCACAACUCAAAUCAUCUAUCAACAAAUAACGAAAGAUAUUCCCAAAGAUCUUCUGCGUUCUUCACAAGAAAACCUAUUUAACACAAUUGCGAAUUUAUUGACUUACGUUAAUUAUAUUGGAUCGUUUUAUAUUUACAUUUAUUCAUCAAAAUCUUUAAGAAAAAACUGUCGAAAUCUUUUACUGGGACAACCAAUUGGAUCAAACACACAUUCCCAACGAGAUAAAUCGACCCUUCAAAACUUUAUUAAUCAAGUGCGUCCAACGGCAGAUCCCAUUCAUUAA